AUGCUCCGACUCGCCACACGAGUGCCGGCAUGGCGAUGCGGCCCCAGCAGAGCCUCCUUGAAGCAGUUGAUGCCCGUCGCGGUGCACGUCCGGCAGCAGUCGACAAGCUGCAAGAAGUCAUGCCACGCGACGCCGCCAGGCACCGCCGAGCAGGCCGAGCCCGCCGCGAUAUCGCCACCGCCGCCCCUUACGACCCUGGCCUUCUGGUCCUCGCGGUCCGCGUGGCGGCGCGCCGGCGUCAACACCUUCCGGUGCCUCGUCGGCUGCACGACGGGCGACUUUGCCGCCAUGUGGUACCUGCAGGCCUUCCACCCGGACGUGGGCAUGUCGAGCAUCAUGGCUAUUUCCAUGGCCUCGGGCCUGACCACCUCGAUGCUGCUCGAGACGGCUCUCCUGCACUGGGGGCGCGACCGCCUGCCCUGGCCCGCCGCCGCGCGCACGGCCGCCGGCAUGAGCCUCAUCUCCAUGCUGACCAUGGAGGCCGCCCAGAACGCCGUCGACUGGCACCUGACGGGCGGCGUCGUGGCCCUCGACAGCCCGGUCUUCUGGCUCGCGGCCGCCGUGUCCAUGGCCGCCGGGUACCUGGCGCCGCUGCCGUACAACUACUUUAACCUGCGGAGGUUCGGGAAGGCCUGCCAUUGA